AUGUCUCUUCGACGUAUUCCUUCCUCGCAACGCUGCUUUUCGUCGCAAAACUCCGGCAAACGCCCCAAGUUCUCACAGCGCCUCGGCGAAGCGCUGCGCAACAGCAAGAUUACAUGGUAUCAGAUCCCCGUUGGCCUGGGCAUCGGCUUCUUGGGGCUGGUGCAGUUCUACAAGGUCUCCUCUAGGGAGAGGGAAAGGCAACGACAAGAGGACGAGGGAAUCAUAUCACCAAAGCCUCGGCCAAAAGUGCGCCCCGAUGGACCAUGGCAAGUCCAGGUCAUGUCGACGCUGCCGCUCAAGGCCAUUUCUCGUCUUUGGGGCAAAUUUAACGAACUGACAAUCCCGUACUACCUUCGUGUACCCGGCUUCAAGCUAUACUCGUUCAUUUUUGGUGUGAACCUCGACGAGGUGUCCGAACCCGAUCUUCACGUGUAUCCCAACCUCGCAGCCUUCUUCUACCGAACUCUCAAACCUGGUGCCCGUCCACUAGACCCCGACCCUCAUGUGCUCCUUUGCCCGUCCGACGGCAAGGUCUUGCAGUAUGGCCAGAUCCAAAGCGGCGACAUUGAACAGGUCAAAGGCAUGACGUACAGCAUCGAUGCGCUACUGGGAAAACACACGCCCGCCUCCAGCAUCUACAGCGGACUAUCUGAUCAAAACUCGGAGCGACGGCGGAGCCUAAGCCCACCUGCUAGCGAUGAGGAAAUCAUCAAGCAGGAGGAGGAGUUUGCCAGAGUCAACGGCAUCUCAUACACGCUUCCCGACCUCAUGACGGGGCCUAAAGACGCCCACCCGGCGCACCCCGUAACCGAUGAAUCUGUCACGCCUUCCUCUCCCCGCGCCGUCUCCGAAGUCCGCGCCGAGCUCGCUCUGGGCGAGAAGCCGUGGUACGAUCUGCUCUCUCCCGACAAGACCACGGCGCUGUACUAUGCCGUCAUCUACCUGGCGCCCGGAGACUACCAUCGCUUCCACUCGCCCACAAACUGGGUCGUCGAGAGCAGACGCCACUUUGCGGGCGAGCUCUUCAGCGUCUCGCCCUACCUGCAGCGCACCCUGCCCGGUCUCUUCACUCUGAACGAGCGCGUCGUCCUGCUUGGCCGUUGGCGCUGGGGCUUCUUCAGCUACGUCCCCGUGGGCGCCACCAACGUCGGCUCCAUUAAGAUCAACUUUGACCGCGAGCUCCGCACCAACAGCCUCACCACGGACACCGCCGCCGACCUUGCCGCCGAGGAAGCGGCCAAGCGCGGCGAGCCGUACCUCGGCUUCGCGGAGGCGACAUACGAAGGCGCCAGCCCGGUGCUGCACGGCCACGCGCUGAGGAGGGGCGAGGAGAUGGGCGGCUUCCAGCUCGGCAGCACCAUUGUGUUGGUGUUUGAGGCGCCGGCGACGGUGGAGACUGUCGACGGACAGGUGAAGAAGGGGUGGGAGUGGGCGGUUCAGAAGGGGCAGAAGGUGAAGAUGGGACAGGCCUUGGGGCGUGUGCUUGAAGACUAA